AUGCCACGAGGCGUCAAAUUUUCCGUCAAGAGGCAAUCUGGCUCUACUUGUGGCGAGACGCUUUCAACUACACAGAUGGACGACUCUACGUAUGUUGUUCAGCAAGAACCCGAAGCAUCAUCAGGACCUGGCAUAACCGGACUACUGGAGUAUGGUGCCGAUCCUGAUGCAGACGACGAUCGAUUGAUACGGACUGAGACAGGUCGUCGCUUCGAGGAGAUCGAUCUCCUUAUCGACCCCGACUCCUUCGCCAUUGGAUUGACACUGACCACUGAAGGAGUCAUUCUCGGGACUUUUUACGGCUCCUUGAGAGACACUAUUACGAUCGAAGUCAAGACGGAAAACAUCAGUGGAAAUACCAAAUUUUUCCUUAGAAAUGGCAAUGAAGUGUGGCACGCGGUCAAUCUUACUAGUAGCUCCCCAAAAGCUACUUUGGAUGAAGUUUACAAAGUCUUCGCUAUCUAG